CGGCGAAAGGAAUCGGAGGAAGAUGCAGCUGCUACCCUGGCUUCUCACUUGGUUCAUAUGGAGGGCGAUGGGAGAUAUGGUGACUCAACGAUUCUUCGUCCCUCAGAACCAGAACAUGAAAAUCACGUCCCCGACUCAGCAGAUGAUCGUUCAAUACGAGCUUCAGUGCACCAUGCUUUGCAUGCAGAACUCGAAAUGCUUCAGCUACUCUGUGACACAGGCCUCUGGGACUAUCACAUGCCUCUUCGGAUACAGAUACGACGAACCGAAGACUGCCGAUGCAUCAAGCAACUUCUUCUAUAAAGAUACGCCAAUACCAGCAGGGUACAAUCUGGUGCCGGGAACAAAGAGUUACGUGAAGCUUGUCGGUGGGCAAAACAUUAAUGAAGCUAAUACUGCGUUGGCGUGCAAGAAUGAAGGCAGUGAACUGGUCUCCUCCAACAAUGCAUUGGUGAACAACUACAACAAGCAACAAUGGACGAGUGUACCUGCUGGUCAGUAUUAUUGGGUCGGUGGACUCAGCAUUGCAGACAUAUACCAUUGGACAUUCCCAGAUGGCACCAACGAGACUAUCAGCGGGCAAGGUCAAUCUUACUUCUGCUCGGGAGAACCUAGUGAUGAUCUUGCUGGCGAUUGCCUCUGGGAUUUGAAUUCUGGUACCGCUAUUGCUUGCUGGAAUGACCGCUGGUGCACCGAUCCCGCGAACGGAUACAUCUGCGAAAUUAAACUCCCACAAUGAGCGAAUCAAAGAAACUUGAUUACGUUUCCGGAGAUGAGCGUGAGGCGAGUUUUAUGUUUCGAUCGUCCAUUAACGAAUUCCAC